UAAUUUUUGUGCGUGUUACAUUAAGAGUUGACAAUUGUUGGAAAGCCCAGUGUGCCAAUUAGCAAUAAAUUUCGCAUCACUUUCGACUUCAAAACGCAUCAUGUCAAAACCAUCGACACUUUUAUUGCUCUUGCUAAUCGCUGUAGUUGCGCAGGAGACAACAAAAUUUGUAACAGUCGCGCAAGAUUUGCCCGACAACUUCCCCAAGUGUAAGCGCGAUGCAAACUUUGACAAAUGUCUGGUGGAUGCUGUGAACCAGGCCAUACAAUUGCUGAGAACUGGCAACAAAGAAUUCGGCAUUCCGCCUCUAGAGCCGCUGUCCGUGAAGAAACUAGUUAUAGACGCCGGUAACGCACCCAUUAAUCUACGUCAAGCCUUGAAAAAUGUGAAGGUGCAUGAUAUGAUCUCGACCAGCAAGAUACAUCGCUACAGAACCGACUUGGAGAAACAUUUAAUCAUCUGUGAUAGCAAAACGGAUCGCAUUGAAAUGAUUGGCGAAUAUGAAAUGUCUGGACGCAUUUUACUUUUACCCAUUACAGGGCACGGUAAAGCCAACAUUACUCUAAUUAAUACCAAAAUCGAGCAUCGUCUAAUUGGAGAACCUUUCGAGAAGGAUGGUGUUAAGUACAUGCGUCUCAAGGAAUAUCGCGUUGCCAUGGAUCCCAAGCGUGUUUAUCUGCAAUUUGAGAACCUAUUCAACGAUAAAACCCUGUCUGAGGGUAUGAAUCGCUUUCUGAAUGAGAACUGGGAGACCGUCUUCAACGAACUGAAGGUGGGCUAUUCCAAGAGCUUUGGUACUAUAUUCCGCGAACUCUCAAACAAAAUAUUUGAAAAAGUACCUUUUGAUAAAAUAUUUUUAAGUUAGCUUCAUUAAGUAUUUGGCAUGUGUGUAAUUUAUGUAUUUUUUAAAAAUAGUUAAUAAAUUUGAAAACGGCUUCUUAUCAUAUUUCAAAUCAAA